GCACACACCUUCCGUCCAAGCAAGCUACGGACGAGCCUAGGUGCAUAAUAAAUAGUAUACGACGGACUGUUGUUAUCGUACUCGUAUCGUAAGGAAAAUAAUUGUUGCUGUCCACAUUUCGUUCGCGCAAUUUCGGAUGAAUACCUUUUCGCCGGGGUUCGGUAAGAUCGCGAUCCGGACCGGAAUAAGCGGGCGACUGACGGAACGGUUCCUAGGAUAAAACGUCAUCGUCGAUGCGGUCGCCGUCGUCUCGUCCGCCCGCGGUGUCUUGCGGUGACGAUGAACCAGUUUUAUGUCUUGUUUUGAUUGUGAGCUUGUGGCGAUCGGUUAUUCGAAGAAGCGGGACAACGGUGGUGGCGGUGGCGGUGCGGAAUAAAUCGCAGAAAUUCCUUACCGCAUAAGGCUCAGUAUAGCAGCUAUAAUUUACAAGAUCAUCUAACUAGUUACUUGGAUAACUGUGGAAAAUCUAGAGCUAAAACAUGCAAAAUGCAAGAACCUCGCAGAACUUGUGCAAUUAAUAGUCAAACCAAAUUUCAUCGGAAUCCGAUUUGGAUUGCAGCAGAGCAGGAAUGUUUCUGAGAGAAUAACCACCUAUCAAUAAAAUUCCUAAGGUGAUGAGUGGCUGUGGGUCAGCGUUUACUCGACAAAGAAUAUCGUGCCCUCGAGGGGGAAUUCGGAUUCGAGGUUCUGGUUGGUGCCUUCCGUCAGCUGUUUGAUGUCCCACUGGUGGCGCCGCAUCAGAUGGAAAUCAAAUUACGUGAAGCGUUUCGUUUUAACACCAAAAAGGUGGAAGAAUACUGCCUACUUAUCUCGGCUCUUAGUAGGCUCACCAUCGAGAGCAGCUGAAACAGCCUACUAUCAGAAUCAAUUUGUGAGUGAUUUAAAUAUGAAUAAUGUCUGUGCGAGUGUAAUUUCGAAGAAGGUGCAGCCAUUACAGUGUAUGUGAAAAAGGGUGUCCCGAGUGGCAAGUGUCCGUGCAAUCAAUCGGUGUGGGUGGUUUUAGUUCAGAAUCAGCUGCUAGGAAGACAUACCAAUCAAGAAGAUAGAUAGAAAGGAAGAUGUUUCGAAGCUGCCUCGAAUAACAACCGCCGGUGAACAAUGAUACUUUUUGGAGGACUCUGCUGAAGAUUCGUUAGCCACGAUAAAAAUGGACGGCUCCAAAGGGAAUUUUGCAAAUCGACAAGAAAUGGCACGCGACUCGACAAUGGGACGCGAUCGGGUACUGGCCGUACCCAGUACCGGCAUUGCGUUGGAUAGCCCCUCCACAUCACAACUGACGGCUGGACCGCCCGACAUCAAUCAGCAGAUUUUGGAGCUCCGCAAAGAGCAGGAACUCCAGAAGCAGGAGCUGUGGCACGCCUUCCAGGAGAAGAACAAGCAGCUGGAGCUGCAGCACCGCCAACAGCUGGAACACAAGUUUCAGGUAGUUUCCGAACUGCGCGAUCAGCGCCUAGCCGAGGAAGCCGCCCAGCAGCGGGAACGGCGCGAACGCGAAGCCAUGAAGCGCAAGGAGAAGCAGGACUUCAGCGCCAACGCCAGCUCCGAGGUGAAGCAGAAGCUGCAGACCUUUCUCAUCCAGAAGAAGCAAGCGGCGGCCUCCAACGGCAUGAACUCGCCGUCGUUCUACCGAAAUUUGGGCGUCGUGAAAUCCUCGUCCGGUGAGUCGAUCCCGGCCGGUGCCGUGGUGGCCAGCUCGCACCCAUACAAGAUACCUCCGCCGCCGCCCUCGUCGAUGGCCAAGUACGACUCGGACUUUCCACUGCGGAAAACAGCCUCCGAGUCGAAUCUGCUGAAGAUCCGCAUCAAGCAACGGGUAAUCGAGAAACGUGCCAUGACAGGACCGCUGGCAGCCGCCCGCCGCCAGGAACGCCUCCAGCAAGCCGCCCAACGACGGAUGCAGCAGAAGCAAGCCCAGCUGUCCGGAAACCAUCCGCCCGGUCAUCCACACCUGGCGGCACUGGGCGCUCAACAUCCCGCAAAUUGUGCUAGUGGAACGCCUGAUUCCGGGCCGAACUCGCCACCUGCCCUCGGUAGCCGGGGGUCCCCAUCGAACGCACCCAUUCAGGAAGAGAAUGAAGACCCACAGUACGGCCCUGGCGGCCGUUCCAGCAUAAACGACUUGUCGCUGUUCAGCUCACCCUCGAUGCCGAACAUUUCGCUCGGCAGGCCGCACCUAGCCGAUGCGCACCCUGCCAAUCAUAUUGUUAUUUCCCCACAGUCUAUGGUACCGCUGAGACCUCAUCAGUUGGUGGCCGCCGGUCAGCCACCUCCCAUGCCCCAUCAUCCGGCGUCGUACGUGGGCCACCAGGCGAUGUUGGACCAUCUCACGGAGCAGCAGCUGCAGGCAGCUGCUGUGGCAGCCGCCGCCGCCUCUGGUCUUUCGAUAAACCCAACGCACCUCGGUGGAAUUCACGCUGGCGUUCCUCCGGUCUAUGGUCAUCCCAUUACCGAUGCCCAGGUGGCACAAGCCCGUUUGCACAAACAAGGCCAUCGGCCGCUCGGUCGUACCCAGUCCGCACCUCUUCCUCUCGGUCAUCCCAUGCUGACUGGCACCGGCAGCGGCGUCGUCAACAUCGGACAAACACACUACGAGAACAGUGAUGCCGAACGCCAAGCGUACGAGCAGCACCUGCUCAUGAAGCAGAAAAUCCGCCAGACGGCGCUCAACCGAGCCAACUGCGUCCGGGAACCUCAACUCAAGGAGGAAGUCGAAUCCGGCGAGGUGAUCGACCUCACGGACAAGAAGCAACCGCCGAAGACUACGGUCAUCACCUCGAACAGCAGUGUCAUCAAGAGCACCUCGCACACCACCUUGCUAAGGGAUCCGGCGGAAACCCUCCAGCAGCAGCAGCACGUUGAGUUCCUCCAGGCCCAGGCUCUGAUGCGACACUCGAUGCAGAUGAGCAUGAUGGAAGAUCCGUACAACCGGUCGCUGUUGCGGCCUCUCUCCCGAACCUCAUCGUCUCCGCUGGUCCACUUGGGAACGCCUGCCAGCAGUAAUCACCCGGUAGCCCUGUCGGAUACCGGUCAAGACGACAUUCCUCCACCUGUCAACCUCACCAUGCAGAACCGGAGCCGCUCAAUGCUCAGCUAUACCAACGAGGGACUGGCCAGUCCCGGACCACUUCAGUUGACCACCUCUUCCUCGGCGUCGGCCAUCCCGCUCCGGUUAGUCCAUCAAACAGGCAAACCCACCACGGGACUUGCCUUCGAUAGCCUCAUGUUGAAGCACACCUGCGUCUGCGGAGACAACGCCGCCCACCCGGAACACAGCGGCCGGCUCCAAAGCAUCUGGGCUAGGCUGAUGGAGACGGGUCUUGCGGCGCGUUGCGAUAAGCUCCGCUCCCGAAAGGCCACCCAGGAAGAACUGCAGUCCGUGCACUCGGAAGCGCAUUCCCUUCUCUUCGGAACGAAUCAGAUCAACCGCCAGAAGAUGGACGCCAGCGGGGUCAGUUUCGUCCGGUUGGGAUGUGGCGGCGUCGGAGUCGACCUGGACACCACCUGGAACGAACACCACACGGCGGCCGCUGCCCGGAUGGCCGCCGGCUGUGUCAUAGACCUUUCCUACAAGGCCGCCAAAGGAGAAAUCCGGAACGGAUUCGCCGUGGUUCGACCGCCGGGUCACCACGCGGAACCGAACGCCGCCAUGGGCUUCUGCUUCUUCAACUCGAUAGCCAUCGCGGCCAAACUGCUCCGGCAGCGCCUUGCAUCGGAAAUCCAACGGGUACUGGUCGUCGAUUGGGACGUCCACCACGGCAACGGAACGCAGCAGGUAUUCUACGACGAUCCGAGCGUCCUCUACCUGUCCAUCCAUCGCCACGACGAUGGAAACUUCUUCCCGGGAACGGGUGGCCCCACCGAGUGCGGAGCCGGCCCCGGCCUUGGGUUCAACGUCAACAUUGCCUGGUCCGGAGGGCUGAAUCCACCGCUGGGCGAUGCCGAGUACCUGGCCGCCUUCCGAACCAUUGUGAUGCCGAUCGCGCGGGACUUCCAACCGGAUAUCGUGUUGGUAUCGGCCGGAUUCGACGCCGCGCUCGGACAUCCGGCACCGCUCGGAGGCUACAUGGUGUCGCCGGCGUGCUUCGGCUACCUGACGCGGGAACUGAUGAAGCUGGCCGACGGGAAAGUCAUCUUGGCGCUGGAGGGCGGUUACGAUCUGCCGGCGAUCUGCGACUCCGCUCAGGAAUGCGUCCGAGCGCUGUUGGGAGACGAGCUGGCGCCGAUUGCGGCGUCGGAACUUUCCCGACCGCCGUGUCAGACGGCAAUCGAGACGCUGCAGAAGACGAUAGCCAUCCAGAUGACGCACUGGCCGUGUGUGAAACGGUUGGCCCAUACCGUGAGCUUUUCGGCGAUGCAGGCUGUGAGUGGUGGCGCUGGCGGUGGCGGUCCCGAUCGGGAAGAAUCGGACACGGUGACGGCCAUGGCGGGGCUGUCGAUGCAGCCGCCCAAUAGAACAUCCGACAUCUCCCGGGAGGACUCUGAGGAACCGAUGGAUCAGGACGAAUCGAAGUAAGUUUGUGCUGCCGCUUGUGCGAACCGCCGGACAGAUUCUUGUUUUUCUUUGAAUCGCCACGGGAGGCCGUAUUUUUGGAGCCACUUCGGACAGGACCGGUGGUGGCCGACGCAGAAGUCUUCCUGCGCGUGAAAGAGAGGCAGAUGGUGGGAGAGAGAGAGAGAGUUUAGGAACGUCACUGAACAAUUUCGAGCCAUGUUAGCCCCCGCGGGGAAAGUUUGUAGUUAGAGGAAAUCUAUUUACGAAAUGGAUAUUUUUGGACAGUCAGUGAGCUUAGGAUAACGGAACUAAAUUUACACACACACAGAGACAAACACUCAGUGGAGGCACGGAUGAAAGAACGAGAGAUGCAUACGGACAGAAACGGGCUAGAGAUGUUCUAUUUUUGCGGCCGGAAGGGUUGCCAGGUGCGACGCUCAGGUAGGAUAUCAAAUUGACGAAGUGAACAUGAAUAGCAUUCAGAUAUAGCUAGGAAUUUGAAAAGUUUGAAUCAGGGAAUGGUUUUGUGUGAGCGUGGCGGAAAUCGAAAUCAAUCAUGUCGUACUAAAACGGUUUUCGUGCGUUUCACGCCCUCUCGAGGAUGAAGUUUGUGAUCAUUUGUGCAACGUUUCGAUUGAGUUGAGUUUAGAGUGUGCCGACUUUGACAGAUCGUGUGCCGUGCACUGGACAAAAACGGCACUUCGUUUUUGAUGGAAUUUUCGACUAACAUUUUUUUAGUACAAUCGACCUUGCUGUGCAUCCACGAGUCGAUCUGAAUUUUUAGUUUUGGGCACAUCUGUUAAACUGUUACAGGUAGAUGAUAGAUGGAUGUAGGACACACAAACAGAAUAUUCCCGUUUUUUGUUCAUCGUUCAUUGUUGGCUGUUGUUAUAAAAUAGUAGAUUUAAACCCCCUCAUGAGAGCAACAGUGUACCGUUCCGCUAAACUUCACUAUAUAAAUGUGUAAAUGAUGGAUAUAGGUGAAAACGAUGUGCAAAAUAUCCACCACAGAGAGUAACAAUUCAUAUUUGUAUAAGAAUCAAAUCAGAUAUGCAAUGCUAAGCAAGAGCAGUACGUUUGUUUUACAAAAUGCAACAAAGUGGUAAUUACAAAGUAAUUUUUACAAACAAAAUCGUGAUUCUGCCUCUCCCUGGGAGCAGUUUUCUUUUAUACUCGUACUAAACACUAAUUUUUGUGCAUAUUUUUACGAACUUUUCCACACUUUAACGAAAGUUACCCCGUUGAUGAGUACUAAAUAUUAAAAUCCUUCCAUAACCAACAACAUAACCUUAAACGAGCUAGGUCUAAAGGCUACUUCACCGUCGCAAGCGUAUAUCGAUCUCUUCAGCAAGCUUCCCCUUGCGAAAAGAGGACGUUUUAAAAACGAAAUUUUUGCUCAACCUUUAACAGCACACACACACAUUCACUCACCCUCACACCGUAACAAAAUGGCUUGAUCCGCCCCCCUCUCGUUGUACUAAAUCAAGGUAGAGUAGAGCGUCCGCGCCCACUCUGGCACAAACGUUUAAACCAAAACCAAAUAAAAACAUGACUGCUGCCAUCAAACAAUAACCUUUGAAACCUUUAACAGAGAACAAAGAAAACAAAAUCACUAACGGAAUAAGGGACAAUUAACGGAGAAGCGCAGAAACCGAGAACCGCGAAGGCAUCUUUUAACGGGAAGGGAGUUAGCAAAAUGGCGCUAGGAAGCGAAAUAUUUAUAGUCAAUAUUGAAAGAAUUUUUGAAACAAAAAAAAAAGUUUAUCUUUAAUAAGUGUUGAGUGACCUUAAUGUAUACCAACGAAGAAAACAAAAAAAAACUAGAAUCACAUAUACAGAUAUAAGAGAGCUAAAAAGUGAGGCGAGAAUUUAUGCUAAAAUCAAUCUAUUUAAAAAUACACACAUACAAACACAUUGAAAUGCUUUCCGAGCGACUGUUUGAACGUUACACUCAGCUACCGUUUCUUCAAGCUGCGAAACGCUGCGUAUAUUUAUCGAGCUGAACACACAUACGUUCACACAUACACACUCACAGACACUCACCACCAUUGUUGGGCACAACCCUGACAUUUGUCACCUCGUUUUUGUUUUUAUUUUUGGACAAACCCACAACAGUUGCUGUUUACCUUUUCUGUGUCCUUUUUGACGGGUUCAAAGUACAUAGAGUUGUACUGAAAAGCGCCAACUCAAUCAACGCGUUACUAAAAUCAACUCACUCACACACAGACACAUUUUUUUACGGCGAACGGGUUCGAAUCCCAUACAGCGUAAUCAUGACGCGUCAUACUUUUGUGUACUAAAAACAAAGCGAUCAACGAUCGAAUCUAGUUUGUAGUUUGGAACGGUGUUUCUCCCCUGCCUCCCCUUCCACGAUUCAAGUGCUGGCCACUUAUGCGUUUCGUUCUGUGGGAUGUUUAAUCAAUCGUUGAUCAAUCUCUACUCUGGGUAAACGUUUUCCUUCUGAUUAUUGUUUCCCCCCUCUAAAAUACGUAUAUACAUGUUCUAUAGUGGGUAGCGCUGGCACCGAGAGUGAGUUUUGUACUAAACCGUUGAAAACUUACUGAUGGGUGUGAGAUGUGAUAUUGUUUUUAUUUUAGACCAAGCAUUGGUGCAUUUGUUACAGUCAUAUUUUUACGGAAACCUCACUCCUUUCUUUGUAGACGCUUUUCGUUGUCUUGUACAACCUUGAGUCCGCCCCCUCCCCAAUUCGGUUUCUUAGUGGGGACUUGGUGGCUUUAGAACUCACUUUAGAACACACACAGAGACACAAACACAUGAAUGAAACAAACCGCCAAAAUGGUGGAACAUUUGGAAAAAAAUGAUAACGAAUCAAUACGCUUUUGUUGUACUAAACAAACAAGUAAGAGUUAAAUUUAACGCAGAGAAAUCUAGGAAAAUGUAAACAAAUCACCUCAACAAGAAAAGGAAACUCAUAUUUAACUGAACAGAGAUAAAAAGUGGUUUAGAAAACAAACAAAAAAAAAACGCGAAAAGAAACUGAGCCAACGUUAAAAUAAAACAUUCCUCUUUUAAAGAAAGAAAAGUAAUUUAUAUUUAAACGAGAAAAAAAUGAAUUAGCAAGUACGUUACGUGGUAAGAAAUGAACCGAUUUGUGUUGUGUGGACAAACACACAAAUACAAAAACACAAACACACAAACCCACACACACACAUUUAACGAAUGAUUCUAUGUUUAGUUCUAAGAGCCGCCGUCGAGAGACGGCGCUCGCGUUUGUAAAUAAUUUAAAUUAAUCACAACAAAUCGAACUGGUUUCCUUGUACUAAAAACAGAUCCUUCAACUAUAUAUGUUAAGAGAGCGGAUUAUGUUAUCUAAAUGUAUGGCUAUCGCUAGGUUUAAAACUAAAUGGUACUAUCCCCGCCACAAUCUUCCCCAGAAAAAAAUCUGUUUCCCGCGAUGGAUGGGCUAAAAAAACAAACAAACGGGAAAAAGAAUCGUUUGAUUUUUUAUAAAACUGUUGCUGUUUUGUUUCUUUGUACUAAAGCGCCAGAGAGUUUAAAUUUCGUUUUUCCUUUUAUACCUCUAUUUGUUUCUGUUUUUGUUUACUCUCUUUUACACGACCCGGGACAGACAAAUCCACAUUGUUUUCAAUCAACCACUAAAAUAGCUAGUUCAAUUUACAUUGCAAAUCAAAGAAUGAAAAGGCGAACAGAACAGAACCGGAAGUGCAAAACUUGGAAAAACAUUGUGAGUCAUUGUCUAGAGAGAUUAUAUUUAGCGAAAAAACAGAAUUUGAAAAACAACACAACAUGCCCCCCUUUUUAGGUAGGAUAAGAAAAGGUGUAGAACAGUUAAAAAACCAGAGAGCGGAUCUAUUUGUGAGCGUAAAGCCCGAACUAAUCAACGAGAUUCAUUUUGAAAAUGAAGAGUUUUUAAAUGUUGCCCCUUCUUUGGGUUUCCUUUUUCCAACGUGUGGUCUUUGUUUCUUUCCGGACCGACUCUCCGCUCGGUUAGUACACAAGUUGUACUAAAUUGUUUGGAAUUGAGCGGCAUUGAGUCAUAUGGAAGAAGUGCAAACCACUCGACAACACAAAUCUUAACAUAGAAGACAAAGUCUCAACAAACAAAGUUUAUUUUGAUUGAAUGUUUUUUCGGAGCUAACACACGGAAAGUAGUUAAACGGGCCACAAAUCUUUAUUCGCCAUGAUGAUGAUGUUUUUGGUGUGACAGAAACGGGAAAGAAUGGUACAGAAAACAAAGCAAAACACACAGAAGAAACAACAAAAAAAAAAACAAAAAGAAACAAAACAAAAAACUAGCAAAUCGCGAUAAAAAGAGAAACCGUGAGAGCGAGAGACAGAGGACAAAAAAAACUAUUGAACGUUUUGUGUUACACGGAAAAUUAAAAUAAAUAUAUGAUGAAAUGAA